GCGAGUGAAGCUGCAAAGAGACAGUCGAGAGAGUCCAAAUCCCCAAUUACAGUUACAGUCCCCCAACCCAAGGCGAGAUCGGAUCAGAUCUCAUCCAAUCCCAGUCCUAUUUCCAAUUCCGAGGAUCUCAAGGGCGUGCCCGGGGAUCGAUGGCGAUCGUGUACGCGCUGGUGGCGCGCGGCACGGUGGUGCUGGCCGAGUUCGCCGCCGUCUCCGGCAACGCCGGCGCCGUGGCCCGCCGCAUCCUGGAGAAGCUGCCGCCGGAUGCGGAGUCGCGCCUCUGCUUCGCGCAGGACCGAUACAUCUUCCAUGUCCUCCGCGCCGACGGUGGCAUCACCUUCCUCUGCAUGGCCAACGACACCUUCGGCAGAAGGGUUCCCUUUCUGUACCUCGAGGACAUCCAGAUGAGGUUUAUGAAGAAUUACGGCAGAGUCGCGCAUUCCGCCCUGGCUUACGCCAUGAAUGAUGAGUUCUCCAGAGUGCUCCAUCAGCAAAUGGAGUUCUUCUCCAGUAACCCCAGCGCUGACACUCUGAACCGUCUCCGUGGAGAAGUUAGUGAGAUACACACGGUCAUGGUUGACAACAUUGAGAAAAUUCUGGACAGAGGUGAUCGCAUCUCACUUCUUGUGGACAAGACCUCCACCAUGCAAGACAGCUCUUUUCACUUCCGCAAGCAAUCCAAGAGGCUCCGGAGAGCUCUUUGGAUGAAGAAUGCCAAGCUUCUAGCUGUGUUGACAGUUGUCAUCGUACUGCUACUUUACUUGAUCAUUGCCGCUUUCUGUGGAGGUCUUUCCCUACCAUCCUGCAGAUCAUGAACAACACACCAUAUGGCCAUUCCCCAUUUGGGGUGUAAUACCAUGGAAUGAUGCAUGCUGCUGUGUUAAGAUCUGUUGAGCACUUGAGCUUUCAGAGCCAGAAAAUAUGGUUUGAGAAACAGAUUUGCAGUUUGGUUUUGAGUAAGAGGGAGUUUGCUUUUUGCUGAUAGGAGUUAAUAUGAAGUGGUUUGUAGAAAAUGGGAUCAGCAUGUACAGUAUGUGGAUUCUUGUUUGAGGCACCUGAGCAAUAAGGAUGGAGGUUGCACUUUUCUGUGGUUA